AUGGCUUCUUCUCCUUCUCCGGUGUCUUCGGUUUCUCCUGCGGCUUCUGCGGUCACUGUUGUUGCUACCCCUUCUUCUUUGUUUUCUGCUGCUGCUGUUGCUUCACCUUCAGUCAUCGUUGCUUCUCCCCCUUCUCCUGUGCUUUCUGGUGCUGCUGCAGUCAGCGAGGUCAGUGUUGCUUCCUCUCCUUCUCCCCGGCCUUUUUCUUCCUCUUUGCGUGUCGACGAGCCGGCAACCUCCGAGCCCCUGGUUCGCCGAACUCGCUUUUCGUACGUCGGAUCUCCUUGGCGAAACUUGGACAACGAAAAAUUCAGGGAUCCUUUAAGCAGAACAGUGCCCCAGGAACAAAGAAAAUGUUUUUUCACUCGUCCUUCUGGUCCAUCCAGAUUGUAA